UCAGUGUGCAUGCAUGUAUAUUCCGAAAUUUUCUCUUCGUUUACAGCAUAUCACACACGUUGAAAUACACAUGUACACACUUAUAUAAACAAGUGGACAACUUUAAGGCGUAUCUAUUGUGACUUUGUGAAAAUACACAAGAAUACAGAUAACGUUUCGUAACACUUUUAUAAGCGACCUAAAUUCUUAACUAAACACAUACAAACGAGACUACUACGGCAGAUGAAAUUGCAUAAGUGUACAUAGAGUGAGUCCAUUUCGUUUAGUCAAAUUUGAACCGUGUGUGUACGUAUGUAUAUAUCCUUAUAUUGAAAAGUUUUAUUAUUCGUUCGUAUAUAUUUAUUAUACGUUCGUGUAUAUGAUAGUAAGAUCGUAAUUAUCCACAAAUAAAAUCAUGGAGAGCGAGACGAUCAAAAGAGAAGUUGAAAACUCUCUUACAAAAAUCUACGACCGAGAUGGACAUAGCUUUUCUCUCUACCUCUAUAAAGGGAUUCCACAGCCAGCCUUACCAGUAGUUCCCUCUGUUUUGGCAAAUAUCUCCUCUCUACCUCUUCGAGCUGAUGACAUUGUCAUUUCUGCAUAUCCAACCGCGGGAACCCACUGGAUCUGGGAGGUAACGAGUAUGAUCGUCAAUGGAAGAGCUGAAAGAAUUCCCAGUAUUAAAGAAGAAAAUAUGAUAGACUUCAUGCUUAAAGAUCAACUGGAUUCAAAACCAUCUCCAAGGGUGCUCAACACACACUUACACCCUACCUUUCUGCCUGAAACAUUACUUAAGAAUAACAAAAUCAUUUUCAUCGCGCGUAACCCUAAGUCUGUGGUAGUUUCCUAUUACAGACAUAUGUGGAGUAUCGAAAUUAUUCAGUAUGAUGGCAACUUCCACAGUUUCUUUGAGCUCUUCAUGGACGGAAACGUCCCCAGUGGUGAUUAUUUUGAAUACACAAGACAGUGGUGGCCAAUAAUCAAAGACAACCCCAAUGUUCUCAUAAUAACAUAUGAAGAGGCUUCGAAGGAUCUUGUGAAAAUCGUAUCAUUGAUUGCAAAAUUUCUUGGCAAGGAAAUUGAUGAGCAACUGAUUAAAGAUAUUGCAGAUAUGUGCACAUUUGACAGAAUGAAAAAGGAGAAAAUAUCUGUUAAAGAAGAUGUUUUCAAAAUAAACUUCAAAGAUAACAGUGGAUUUUUUCGUUCAGGAAAAGUUUCUACGUGGAAAGAAUGGAUGACAGUCGCUCAAAAUGAAAGGAUGGACGCUCGAAUUCAGAAGGAACUCCUCGAGCAGGGAAUAAACUUGAAUAUAUUUUAAAUCGAUGGUUGAUUCUAUACAUGGUUUAUUCGACUAUUAAUUGCUCAAAUGCUAGGAAUAUAGCAAAAAAAAAAGAAUAUAUUGAUAUACGUGUGUGUCGACUUAUAUAUGUACGUUAUAUAUUGAAAGUUUUCGCUUUCACGAUACUUGCUGUAAGGUUAACUUACUUUGUGAAGUAAAUAAAUAAUCGUUAAUUGUU